AAAGCCUCUUAAAAUUUCUCACAUGGGUUCAGUUGUCAGAACGUGAAUAAACAACGUUGUCAAAUAUCAGAGCCUCGAUCAACUGGGAAACGUUAGCAGGUUAGAGUGUUACACAGCGUUACAUAUCUGGAGUGACAGAUACUGAUAGCUGAUCAUGUUUUAAGUCUUCUAUUUUCCUUUGUCGCCUGACCUGUCGACAAAACCGCUCACGACAGCCAGUUCGACGUGUAGACGACCUCUGCAAAGAACGUAUUCAAGGGUAUCAGUUGUGACCAAUCGCACGAACGAUUGCUUCCGCGAUGGGAUCCGCUCUUGUCACAACAGGCCUGUGGCUUGCCCUCACAUGUACCUUCCUGACUGUCAACGUCUCUCAAGCUUGUGAAACUGGAUUCUUUCGUUGUGCAACUUCUGCCGAGUGUCUCCCCGUCAGAUUCAAAUGCGACGGACACGAGGAUUGUGAGGACAGUAGCGAUGAACUAAACUGCACGAAGCAGCGGACCUGCCCUACAGGCGAGUUCUGGUGUGGUGACUGGAAAUGUAUAUUGAGGAGAAAAGUUUGUGAUGGCACACAGGACUGCUCAAAUGGACAAGAUGAAAAAGAUUGUGAAAUGGAAGGCGUGUUCCAACACUUUGGGAACAAAAAGACAAAGCGAUUUCCAGUUUACAAAACUGUCAAGGGCUUCGACAUCUAUUUGAGGUUUGUCGCCCAAAAGUGCACAGGACAACUGGUCGAGAUCACGAGCAGGGACACCAGCCAGUACCUGCGAAUAACCCUCCUCGAUAUAGGGCCCAUUAGACUAUCAUACAAAACCUCUGUCGGUAAGGGCCAAUUGGAUCUUGCCAUGCCAUAUAAGGCAGAAUUCUGCGACGGAAAGAGGCACUCUCUGACGCUCAGCGUGUUCCGUGGUGUUGUGUCUUAUGGUGUGGACAGAACCUCCCCAAAACGGUUCUUUGUGUCACGGUUGGCCGCGCCAUUUUCAUCGCCAGCUGGCAUUGUCGUUGGCAAAGGGCUUGAAGGUUGUAUUUCUGGUUCCACGGUGGUGAAUCGCUUUAAUGGGACACAAGAAUAUGCUGUUGGAAUAUCGUCUGUUUGCACUAUGAAAAAAACCACUACUCCACCUCCCAAACAACGAUUAUUUACCUACAGUGCCAGGAAAUUAGCAACUUCAGAUAUAUCAACCGGUCCAAAGUGUGAGCCACUAACCCUCACAGUCUGUAAAAGUCUGGGUUAUAACAACACACAAGUUCCAAAUCCUCUCCAACACAAGACAUAUCACCAGGCCGCGACUGAACUGUCAACGUUUAUAUCAAAGUUUCAGUCCUAUUGUUCCCCUCAUCUCGUCCCAUUUCUCUGCCGAUUGUACCUUCCUCCGUGUAGCCUGCCCCAGUCUGCCUCUCCUCCGUGCAGGUCGCUUUGCGAGAGUGUCAAGGAGGACUGUGCACUACUCAGCUCAUUGGAGAGUUGGCCUGGGCACCUCAACUGUGAGAAGUUUCCACGAGCAAAUGAGAAGGAAAAGUGCUUUCUGGGAUCCACAAAGGUAACCUCCAAGAGGACAACGUUGAUUAGAGGGACCUCUAAAAAGAAAGACAUCCUCACAGAGACAAAUACACUGAAGACAGCAACGAGCAAUCAGAUCAGUUAUCCAACAAAGGCGGCAAAAAACGGAGAAAAAGUAAAAGGUGUAAAAACAGAAGCUGACCAUACCACCGCAAAUCCAGGAGAAGAGGCAUCAACGGCACAGCCUUCGCUUAACAAUGCCGCGAGAAAAUCUGAAACAAGACAAACUGGAAAACCAUUAUCAUUUAGGGGAACAGAAAUGUCAAACCACACAAGACAGAACAAAGUGUCGGUGUCGAGAACAGUUCCAACAAAAACAUCAGCCACAGACAAACACUUACGAUGGAAUGUGUCUGCUUCACCUACAUCGUCUGAAAAUAAAGGAGGGAGUUGUGGAGGAGUGUUAGUGUCUCCCAAGGGCCAGCUGAUGUCACCUGGUUACCCAGCAAGGUAUCCGUCUAACACCACCUGCAGAUGGGUCAUCGCCCUACCAAGCGACUACCGUGUCAUCAGUUUUACGUUUCACCGGGUGUACCUGGAGGAGGACCGCAACUGCAUGUAUGACUACAUUGCGGUGUAUGACCUGCUGGACAACCAAGUGGGUCAGCGGUACUGUGGCUCCGUCACGUCUCCCAUUGUUAAAGAUGUCAAAGGCAAUGUGGCCGUUGUGUUGUUCAGUUCAGAUUCUGCGAACAGCAAAAAGGGAUUCAUCCUCUCCUAUGAAGGCCGCCAAUGCCCCACGUCAUCGGAAGUGGAGAACUGAAACACAGCUUUGGUUUGGGGUAGAAGACAUGAGACAUACAUCUUAGUCAGCUCAUUAAUUCAAUCUUAUCCUGAAACGACUCUUUCUACUGUCACUCGAAAACUAAAUUGACAUGUGAUCUUUAUGUUGGUUUUCAUAUAGCUUGACCAAUAACAAAAAAAGACAGGUUAGUCCAGGGGCGAAGAAGUUGACUAGUCACAUGACUUGCACGUGCAUUGAAUGAGUUGCACAGACGGUUGUUGGCUGUUUGAUUGGGAGGAAAUCGAAAAAACAAAACA